AUGAUCCCUGAAGGUGAUGAUUUGGGAACAGCUGACAGUCUGUGCUCAAACAAUUUCCAGGAGCUCACCUCUCCAGGAGACCCUCGCCGUGAGUGUGAAUCACGCGGAUCAAGGAAAGAUCCCUUGAUUCACGGAGGGAAGAACUCCUACAAAUGCAAGGACUGUGGGAAAGGGUUUAUCAAGAAUUGCCGCCUUCUUCAACAUCAGCAGAUUCACACUAAAGUAAAACUCUGUAAAUGCAGAAAGUGUGGGAAGGCCUUUCUCAAGAAGGCAGACCUCACUGAACACUACAGCGUUCACGUUGGAGAGAAGCCCUAUGAGUGCAUGGAGUGCGGAAAAGCCUUCAGCCGUAGGUCACACCUCGCAGAGCACCAGCGGAUUCACAGUGGAGAGAAGCCCUUUGAGUGCAUGGAGUGUGGGAAGGCCUUCAGCCGCAGGUCACACCUCACAGAGCACCAGCGUACUCACAGUGGAGAGAAGCCCUAUGUGUGCAGUGAAUGUGGAAAGGCCUUCGCCCACCUCUCUGAUUUUAUUCGGCAUAAUAGAACCCACACUGGGGAAAAACCCUUUGAGUGCAAAGAAUGUGGGAAAGCCUUUUGUGACAGCUCUUCAGUAACUCGACACAUGAGGUGUCACUCUAGGGAGAAGCCCUAUGAGUGCACUGAGCCCUUGCACUGCAGAGACUAG